CUUUGGGAGCAGUUCGAAUUGGACGUCUUUUCUCAUGGUGCAAUUGAUUAUUUAAAUAAUCGAUUCUUUAAAUUACAUAUUUUAUCGAUAGUGUUGGUUCUAAAUUAAGGUGAUCAUGCAGUUGCACGUAUCUCAAGGAGGAAUUAUGAUGGCAAUCAUCGUCCUUCAAAUUGUUUCCUCUCAACCAGAUCAAGUUCCUACAAUUUUGAGUGGAAUUGAAAAUGUUGCCAACACCGCUACUAAUUUCCUGACGGGAAUCAUGCAACGACAGAAAGAACUGAUACAUCGCGUAACGGACUCAGCCUCCGAUUUCAUCACCAGUGCAGUGGAGAAGCCGAAGAAUCUACUCAUUAACGCGACCAGAGCUACUACUGGUAUAAUUGAUAGCGCUGCCUCGAAGGGCUUGGAAUUCAAAAUAAGAAGAAUACUGGAGAAAUUUCGUGCUAGAAUGCCUUAUGGAAUACCAGAACUAGGAAUUCCACCAUUAGAACCACUUCAUCUUGACGAGGUCGACAUCAAAAUAGAUAAUCCAGAUAUAGGAAAUAUAUCCAUCACUGUAGAGGAUUUGACACUACACAACUUGUCGACUUUCUUUAUCAACAAGGCAAAACUAUCACUGAUCGGACCAACAAUUACGGCAAAUAUUUCUGUUCCACGAAUUUAUGCUGAAGCUUUUUAUAAUAUAUCUGGUCUUCUCGGUUCUACGCUUCUGCUGGAUGGUGCUGGUCCCUUGAAGGCGAAUAUAUAUGAUUUUCAACUAUAUGUGAACACUAUAUUAGGAUACUCUAGAGGAGUGUACUUGAGGACCUUCGAUUUGGACUUUUCAUUGAAGUCUAUAGAUAUUAAAUUAGAUAAUUUCAUGGAUGAUGAUGAAUUAAACGACGUUAUGAACAAGGUCUUUCAGGAGUUGACACCGAAGGUGUUAGACAUUAUCAAGCCGGACGUACUUCCGGGUAUCCAGAGUUACAUAGGUGGCAGAAUUAACGAGACUAUUCAUCACCUCACCAUGAGGGAUGUAAUUAGUGUGUUGGUGGGAAACGAAAUUCGAGAAUUUACGUAUCUUCCAGUGCCUUAAAGUUAUAUCUAAUCAAGCCUACUUUUUGUAUAAAAAAUUUGAAAGACAAC